CCUCGCCCCUUCCUCCCCCUCACCGUCGCAGCAGCAGCAGCUCACGCCACCACGGCAACAACGCCUCGCCGGCGACAUGGCCGUGUACAUCCGACUCGAUGACGCCGUCCGCGCGCGCCUCCGCGGGGACGCCGCGGGGUGCACCAUCACCAGCAGCGGCAGCGACCACGACGCGUCCGCCUGCCUCUCCGAGCUCGUCCAGGCGUUCCUCGAGACGGGCGCCGGCGCGGCCGAGGAAGGCGUGCCCGGCCCGGCGCCCAAGGAGUACGACGAAUCUGGCGAGGAAGACGCGCCCGGGCGGGCGGCCGCCGCCGCGGCGUCCGUGAGGGCACUGCUCGACCCACCCGCGGAGGAGGACGUGUUCCGGAUCAGGCUGGCCGCCGCGGUGGCGACGGCCAUGGAGGUGGAGGCCGCGCUGCGGGCGCACGGCGCGUCGUUCCGGCGCGCGGUGGUUCGGCGGCUGCGUGGCGCAGGGUACGACGCUGGCGUGUGCAAGUCGCGGUGGGAGGCGUCCGGCGGCAUCACUGCCGGGACGUACGAGUACGUCGACGUGGUCGCGCCGCUGGCGGCGGACGGGCGGAAGCGGGCCAGGUACAUUGUGGACGCCGACUUCCGUGCGGGGCUGGAGGUGGCCCGCGCCACGCCCGAGUAUGCGGCCGUCGUCGCCGAGGUGCCGGCGUCGGCGGUGGUCGCAAGGGAGGAGUCCGUCGGCCGCGCCGUGCGCGUCGCGUCCGACGCCGCGCGCCGCUCGCUCCGCGCCCACGGCCUCCACGUCCCGCCCUGGCGCAAGACGCGGUACAUGCUCGCCAAGUGGCUCGGCCCCUACAAGCGCUCCACCGCCACCUCGCUGCCGGCGGCGAACGCCGGAGCAAUGCCGAUGACCGGCGGGGCCGGGAUGGACAUCAAGUGCCGCGCCGUCGGGUUCUUUGCGCCUCCGGCCACCGCGCCGGCGGCCAGGAUCAAGUAGCCUUGCUUUGCUCCCGGGCGGCGGUCUACAAGGAGAUCGAUCACUGGAAUGAAAAGGAAAAAGUUUCUUUUAGUGUAGAGAGGUUUCUGCUGCGAUCGAGAGUUUGAUUUUGACUUUGAGUUGCUCUCGAACUUGUUUUGUACAGAGAAUUUUGUUCGAGAUUAUCAAGAGCAAAUUGUUCUUGCACAUCAUUUUGCUUCUUUGUUUCUUUUUUUUAUAUACAUAUACAUAAAAAAGGAGGUGUCAGGAGCAAUCGUUUAGUA